AUGUCGCGCUACAAACAGCCAAACCGACCAUCUCGUACUGUGGGAAAUGGAAAGAAUGAAUCAAAUACACACUCACAAAUACCCAGGACAACUGUUUCCAAGAAAACAGACAAUGGCAACAAAAAUACAAGAAGACCAAAGAGACAUGUUGUUUCAGAGGAUUCCAAAAUGGUAGCAUUGUACAAAGCUGCCAGGGAAUCCCAGAAUGUCAGGGAAAAGUGGAUCAAAACUCCCCCAGUUCUCUUCCAACAAGUUGUUUAA